AUGCCGUCUAUUGCAAGUUAUGACAGUUCCGACAGUCACCCGCUCAUAGCAACCCAGUUGCCUUCAUGGUACCCUCUUCACAGUGAACACGCACUUAAGACCAUCAUCGUGCCGUUACCCUUGGGCUUUCUGGAGUACCUGCAGGAGGACGGCGUCUUUUUGCCCGAUGACUCGGCGGCGGUGCCACAGCUUACGGAGCUUGAUGCUACGUUGCUCACCGACGGAGACUACCGCCGGGAUGACUGGGACCACCGACCCGGCAAUGCAGCCGCGACGAUUGCAACGGCAGGCAUCGCCGCAGCCCCAGCACCCCAGCCCAGCCCUAGCGGCCCCCUCCACAGUGGCCGCGAUGGACUUAUGAGUGGCAGCCCUAGGAGCUCCGACCUCCAGGGCCCGGGGGGCAGCGGCAGCGGCAGCGGCAUGCGGGAGGACAGCGGCGGCACCGCCGACGGCAGUGACAGCGAGGCCGCGAGCCGGUCUGUGGACUGGUCCGUACGGUUUCCGGAUCUCCGAACCUCCCUAGACUCGGCCAUCUCCUCCCUAGGGGGCCGGGUGGUUCCCAAACUCAACUGGUCUUGUCCCACUGACGCGCUGUGGGUCAGUCCGGGCGGCACCUUGGAGUGUCGGAAUGCCGAUCAGCCGGUGCGCACGCGGUUGGGAGUUACGAAGCGGGAGGCGGGUACAGCCCCGGGUAGCCCCCCGGGGAUGUUGACCGAAACGGCUGUCGACGGCGCCGUGUCCAGUCGCGACGCAGGUUGCGGUGGCGGUGGGGCCCCUUCGAGUGAUGCCGCACCGGCACCGGCACCGGCACCCGCCCCGGGUCCCGAACCCGGUUCUUGGCGCCUCAGUCGGGAACAAGCACCGGGUCCAGGACCAGCCUGCCACCGGGGCCAACCGGCUGGUGGGGAUGUUAGAGCCGCCGUGUCGUCCCCCUCCUCCUCCUCCUCCGCCGCCUUCUUGGGGCUUCAUCCCGUGCUGGUGCUGAAGAAAUGGUACCCACUGCGACAAGAGAGGGAGUUCAGGUGUUUCGUGCGAGGCGGGGCGCUAGCGGCCGCCAGCCAGCGGGACAUCAGCCAGGUGUACCCCGCCCUCACCAGGGAGGUGGUGGGGGAGGUGCGCCGGCGGCUGUGGGGGUUCUGGGUGGAGAGAAUGAGGGGCAGCUUGCCGCUACAAGACUACGCCUUUGAUGUGUAUGUGCCGUCCGACAGCUCGUCAGCCGUACGACUGGUCGACGUCAAUCCGCUGACCGACACGACUUCGCCGCUGCUGUACGACUGGGAGGAGCUCGGUUUUGGAGAGGGUACGAUACCAUCCGGGGAGGCGCUGGCGCGACAGCUGCUACAGCCACCGCCGCCGCGUCAACGGGCUGUCGACGGGCGGGAAGGGGGGGGGAGUGCAGCGGCGUCCAGUCUGCUGGCGGCGUCGGCGUCGGCGUCGGCAACGGCACUCGACGAGUCAUGGAUGGCGGACGCGGCGGCGCUUGUCGCGUUACCUCUGCCGUCGAGCUGGGAGGAGUUACAGGUGCGCGUUAUGGAGGGGGACGCGACGGGGGGUGCUGCCGUACGGCCAGCAGUAGCAACGGCAGCGGGGGAGGAGGAGGACGACGAGGAGGACGAGGAGGACGAGGACGAGGAGAAGGGCCCGGAGGAGGACAGGGCCGCGGCAGGUCUUCCUGCCGGCUUUGUUCAGCUGAGGCCUGGCAGCGGCCACACCGCGCAGCGAAGGGGCAGUGGGGCCUUUGGUCGCGGUGGGGUGGGGGUCGGGGUUGGGGGUGGUCUCGGAAGGCAGCGGACGGCAGCGGCGGACAACAACUUGUUCGUCCCGGAUGGCCUCCGGGGGCAUGAUGAGCUCCGCGAUGUGGCAGCGGAGUUGGCUGAGCUGUUUGGGGGGCCAGGUGGGGGUGCGGGGGUGUCGGGGUUUGCGGCUUCUGAGCUGUCAGUGGGCGAUGAGGCGGUGCGUGUGGAGGCCCAGGCUGCUGAGAUGAGAUGCAUCCUGGGAGGUUCCAUCGGGGCUGGGGAGCUUGGAGAUGAGGAGAGGUAGAGACCGGCCAGCGGUUUGACGGAGAGCCGUUGCCGUAACAGAACCCGGCCAGCCCUUAGUUUCCGUUAAAAGUAGCCUCCUGAGCCAAAA